AGAUAGUUCCUACUGAAGAUUUAUUGCAGUUGACAUUUAUGUAAAAGGUACACAUUCCACAGACCUCAUGAGUCACACCCAGCCCAAAAAUGUAGUUCUAGUCUCUGUUAAAGACUGCAUUGGUGUGAAGCAGCAAAGGCAAGAUGGUGAUGGCAAGACCAGCAAAGGGUUGCAACAUUCAGGCCCACCACAAUCCUGGGUAGAAACUGUGCUUGGAACUCCAGAGAAGAAGGAAUCUGCAGAAGUGGAUUUGUUGGAUGAAACUGCCCGCAUUGUGACUCCACUUAUUUCCGUAGCCUCUUCUUUGGAUGAAUUCUUGGAACGAUUGGAUGUGGAUGGCAAAUUCUGCUUUCUUUGUGAAGGCAUUGACUUCCAGAAUCCAUCUAAACUUAAGCGACAUUUCUUGCAGUGCCACUGGAACCACAGGGUGGAUGCCCAUGGGCUUUGCACUGUUCUUUGUAAACUAGACUGCAACUUACCCCAGAACUCAGAGCGCUUUGGUCACUACCAUUGCUCGCUGUGCAAUGCGAGGUGCUCUUCUAUUGGCAGGUUGAGGGUACACAUGGAAAAACAUGGCAGGAAUAAAGUGAAGGAGGACGAAGUGGUCUCAUUCACUGCCAGGAAGGUGCAGCUCAAGAAGCGCAAGAGGAAAUCAGAUAUCAGCAUCAAUGAAAAACUUAAAAAUCCUGAUGAAGAAAAUCAGAAGAAAUUGGAAAAAAUUGAACUCAGAUUUCAAGAAGCUGAGGACUACCUUGCCUCACAUGCCGCUGCUCUCAACAUUGUGCCAAUUGAACCUUCAAUCGGUCGGUCCCUGCAGGAGUUGAUGUCGCGUCUGUACGCGCGCUGCUACCUUUGUGUGGACCAUCCCGUGCUAGCCAACUCCCGCCUCCUGAAGCACUUCUCCAAGUGCCACCUCAACCACCACAUCGUCUCUGCAGGCUGGGUCUCUGUGCUGUGCAAGCUCGAGUGCCGUCCCAGCAUCUCUGGACAUUACCAUUGCUGGCUCUGCAAUGCCGUCAUUGUGGGGGGAGCUGUGAGGUAUAAAAUUCACAUCUGCACCCACGUCAAGAAAGCCAAGUCUCUGGGCCUAGAGGACCAAGUAAAUCAUGUUGAUGGACAGGGCAGAGGCGAAGAAGAUGACGAGAUGUGCAGAGGAAGUGAAGAAGUUGACGUGGAGUGUGGAGAAAGUGAGGCUUCCUUGUCUCCUGUCAGUUAUCUCGAUGAGGAAGAUGAGGAAUCAGAAAGUGAAGCAGAUGCCGCGGUGCAGCCCACACUUAUAAAGAUCCGCCCUCUACGAGCUUGUGCUGGCAAGAAGCUGUGGAGCUACAACGCCGAGGUGCAGCAGGUCAACCUGUCGCCGCAGCUCAGCCGCAGACUAGCCUCCCACGAGGGCGGUCUGAGACACACGCCGCUCAUGGAGCCCUUCAUGAAACCUCUCAGUUGUAUUAAAGCUUAUAAUGACGGUGAGCAUCAUGAUGGCGGCUAUCCUGAUAGUGGCCAUCCAGAUGAUGGGUAUCCAGAUAGUGGGUAUCCUGAUGGUGGGUAUCCUGAUGGCGGGCAUCCAGAUGGCGGGUAUCCUGAUGGUGUGUAUCCUGUUGGCGGGCAUCCAGAUGGCGGGUAUCCUGAUGGCGGGCAACCCAAUGACGAGCAUCCUGAUGGCGGGUAUCCUGAUGGCGGGCAACCCAAUGACGAGCAUCCUGAUGGCGGGCAUCCCAAUGACGAGCAUCCUGAUGGCGGCUAUCCUAAUGGUGGUUAUCCUGAUGGCGGGUAUCCAGAUAGCGGCUAUCCUAAUGGUGUGUAUCCUGAUGACGGUCAUUCUGAAUGCGAACACCAUAAUGGUGAACAUCCUGUUGACGAGCGGCCUGGCGUUGAUGAACCUGAGGAUGCUGCAACUCCCAAGAGACGCCAUUGUGACGCCACAGUCCCUGGGGCCAAGAGAGUCAAGAGGCGGUCCAACUCUCCUGGCAAGUCAUCCUUACAACCCUCAACCAUUCCUCCAAACUCGGAUGAAUCAGGAAAUUAUUCAAUGCAUUCUAACUCAGCGCUUGUUGUGGGAAAUGAACAAGUCACUGAAAAAAGCCACCACCUUCACAGCCCCAGCAGGAGAAGACCUCGGAAAAUAUUGAAGUCUGAAGAAGAAGUCCUAGGUUCAGAGGAGGAGAAGCAGGUCCUAGGUUCGGAUUGUCAGCCCUGCACUUACAAUGAACCACCAAACCAAGCCAACGAAACUUACGACGGUAAAAUGGAACGUGAAGUAAAGUGUAUCUUUUUGAGUGAGCGGGAAAAACAUUACCAAUUAACCGUGAAGAAAUACGCGCCAGAGAUAGACCGCAGAUUGCUGCUCAAGGGGGAACAGGAGUUGAGUCAACUGAACUACCUGGGGCCGUCGGAGGUGUCGUGUGUUUACUGUCGCCUCCCCCUGGGGAGGAAAGUCUUAUAUUCUAACAACGCCUGCCUCCUCGACCCCAAGACAGUCGUGACGGGAAUAGAGCUUCUUUACCGCAAAUGCCGGCAUUGUGGCUUACGAUAUUUUUACAAGGAGUUCACUGAUGGCGUGCAUCUGCACGAUGAACUUAUCUUAUCCCUGGACCUGUGCCUCAUGGCCAGAGAGUUCCUGAGGUCGAAUGGUUCGUUGCCGCGGACGGCCGAGGCAAUUCUUAGCUUCACUCGUUUAACUUUUCCAGACCUGCCGGUGUCGGCAGAACAAUUCCAAGAAGCGUACUCUGAUUUCGAAGCCAUGUGUGGUUAUUAGGAGCAACAGUAUUUAGUUGCCUCGCAUUCUUUUUAUCAAAUGAAAAACUUGUUCUUAUAUGUCAUUCUAUACGUAUUCAGUAAGUCUCCAUUGUCUUUGUUAUAUGUCAUUUUCUACUUGACUUAUUUUACGUGUCUCCGGUGCAGACUUCGUAGGUCAGAAUUUCUGAAGCCGAUCAUUGUUAUUUAUCUUAUUGACCAGUCUCAUUUUCCAUUAAACUUCACCUCGCACCUCGU